UAAGCAGCAGAGCUGCCUGGCGUUGUGUGGACUGUCUGAGGCUUUUUAAUCGCCGUAACAUACAAAGCGCCGAAGCAUGGAUUUGUCUGUUUUAAUAAAAAAGCUUGGACAUCAUCUGGUGGAGAUCCGAGUAAGAGCUCUUGGAAGUUUGAAAUGUAAACUAGACCAUGGACUCAUUCACCUUUCUGACCUUGUUCAACAAAAAACUUUGUUUAUUCUUUUGCUGGAAUGGUUCAACUUUCAUGAGGUACCAGAACAAGAAGCUGUAUUGGAGUUGCUCAAUCGCUUGGUGAAGCAUUCUUCUGCCGCUCACUUGCUAGAAGAUGUGGGAGCUUCAGAGUUUCUAUCUCGUUUACGCCCCAACGUUGAGCCAAAGCUUCAAACCACCAUUGAUAGCAUUUUGGAUGGCCUUUUUCAGCUUCCAGAAAUUUCGCCUGAAUUUAUUGGGGUUUCCUUUCAGAAACAGUCUGUACCCACCAAGGAUGGCAAAGUGAUCUAUCAUAUGCCUAAUGAAAUAGUAUCGGGAUGUUUUCCUUCUUCUGACACAAUGGAACAUUCUGAAGUUUUGUCACAGAGAGUUUCAGAUAUCCAGCAGGUCCAGGAUGAAAAUGUACCUAUUGCAGGAUAUUUUCAUAAUAUUUCCGAAAAUGUAAGACAGUCUGAAGUUAUACCUCAGAGAAUUGCAGUGAACGGCUCUGUGAAGUGUUUAAAGUUUACAACCUUUCCUUGGCUGGCUCUGACUACAACAGACAAACACAUUCUUUCAUCAAAUGAAAGUUCACUCAGAAGUAAGAAUCCUAAUUUAAUCCGUACAACUUGUGAGCUCCUGCAAGAUGUCAUAAUGCAGGAUUUUCCACCAGAGAUUUUCAUUCAGAGGCCAAAGAUAGUGCAGAAUCUUCUCUCUCUGCUUGAUUUGACAAGAGAUGGCACUGAAUAUUUAACAUUUCAGGCAGUUGCUUGUCUAUAUCAGUUGUGUGUCAAUUUAAGGAAUAGACUGCAUUUUUACAGAGAUCCUAAUUUUUAUUCUUCUAAACAAGAUACACUUUCUCAGAGUUCAUCAGUAUCAUAUUCCCAAGAGACCAGAUGUACCCAAAACUCUCAUAGCCCCUCACCUAUAGAUGGCAGCCCUAGACCCUCUGUGAUUGGGCGUACAGGUCAACGAGCCAGAGGGGAUGGACAGGAUGGGGAUGCAAUGUCGUCCAGUAGAAGCAGUUCUCAGGGUGAUGCAACUUCAAGGUUUCCAGCCAAUUCCCCUCUAGACAAUACCCACCUUGAUCUAUCAGAAAUUGAAACUGAAGCUUUGCUACAGCUUCAGUUACAGCAGCUCACAUUAGCUCAAUUUAGUGUUUCAGUCCUGGAACAUGCUGUACCCCUUCUAAGAUCCGAAAAUAUGAAAUCAGUUUUCCGCAUCCUGGAACUUUUAUCAGUUAAUAUUGUACUUGUGGAAUACAGUGUAUCAGAAAGUGUGUGGAGUGAUGACAGUUUAAUUGCCUGGGAAUUGAAAGAAAAACUGCUUUCUUCGCACGAGUCCCUUGCUGACACCUUGAAUUACUUCUAUACUAAAAUAAAUUCGGAUAUUCCAGAGUCCACUUUAAUACAGCUCAGAAUGUCCUAUAUUGGGACUGCUAUUUUCACUAUAAGACUUCUACAGACACUUCUACCUGUGGAAAAGGCCUGUGAUGUGUUAACCGAAAACAUGGGGACUGCACUGUUUUUUCUUAGUAUGGAUAUGUCCUUUAGCAUGACAUUUCCAAACAUUCACGAGUCUGUCGUUUCUUACAUGGAACAAAUAAAUCCAGAAAAUGUAAAUUUGUACAAGAAGACGUCUCAUCUUGUUUAUUCAAUUGAUUGUACCUGUAACUUUAUUAAGGAAACAAAACGUGAGAAAAAAAACAAUCUCGUAGAGCUGCUGGAUUUGGCAGAUCAUGCUUUGGAGAGCCUUCCAUAUCAUCAAUAUUUACAUUUCGUGAAGGAAGUCAUAAGCAUCUGUUCACACAUCUGGAAAUCUGCUCAAGCCAGUCCAGUCUUACAGGCUGAAAGUCAGAAAGUGUACCUCCGGCUGAUAUCCCAUCCUGUUACAGCCAUAAAGUUGGAAGCUUACACUUGUACUUUGAAUACUUUAAAGGAAUGCUUGGGGAUUCAUAAUAUCACAAUGCCAGUGUCAGCUAUUUGCCAUGAGAUUCAUUUCCUUCUGCAUGGUAGAGUUCUUUAUGAAAUUUGUGCAUUUGGUCUUCAAGAUUCUGCACAACAGGUUUCUUCAACAGCGAAGGAAAUUAUGAUUUAUUUGCUUCAAGGUAGACUGAUAAUGGCAAGUUCAUCAUGGAACAGAUUUAUGGAAGCCUUAAACCCUGUUGUUUCAAUACUUCAGGGUUAUGCAAGUACUGAUGAGACUCUGGGAAAGUGUGUCCUGCUUCUUAGUGAAACUGCUCAAGAAUCUGGAGACAGUAUACUUACAAGGACAGCUAGGCUUUAUGCUGCUUUGAGACUUCUUUUUAUCAAGCAAAAAAAGGUGAGGGCUACAGCUGUAAAGCAAUUAACGUGGCAUCUGACAAAUGAAGAGGGAGCCAACAAAAAACGCCCACACAUAGAAGGAUCACUUCUGGCAUCUUUGGUUAAUUUGUUUGUUGUUGACCAACCCAUUGACUUGAAACUUGACACAGAGAAAUCAUUUUUCAAGGUGGACUGUGUCGGCAAAGUUUAUCAUAUCUUUACGUCAGAAACCGUGGACAUGCCACUCAGAAAAUCUGCAGUUGAGCAGCUUGUUAUUAUAAUGCAAGAUAGUACAAUGCAUGAUGCACUGAAGAGUUUAGGUGCUGUGGAAAAAAUUUUGCAAGUUAUAAAUGAAUGUAUAGACAAAAAUGGAAAGGGUUUGGAGAGCCUUUUGUUACCUUGUGUUUCCCUACUUCGAAAGCUUGUGUAUGCAGACCCCAUUCUACGGCACUCUCUAGCUCAGGAGCCAUCAAACAUCCUAUUGUUUCUUCGAGCUUCAUUGAUAAUUAUGGAAAAUAAAGGCUGCAUUACCGAAGCUGCUUCAUUGAUGUGCCUCUUGUUGUUUGAUGAGGUUGCACGAACUGAUAUUUGGACAGAUGAUUCAUCAGUGCCUUUUUCAGUGCCACCUCCUCCUUUCACCUUACCAGCCACAGUAAUAGGACGCUAUUGCCUUCCAUUUCGAGUUGCAUCUCAUCAUGUAGCAAGCCCAUACUGUGUUUUAAUGCCUCCUCAUUUGGACUCUCUAACUCGGAAACCUUCAUGGAAUAUGUUAAAGUUUGCAUGGAAUCGUGCUUGGUAUGAUGGGAUUGAAAAUCUUUUACAAAACCAUCAAAAUUAUUCUGAAGAAUUUUUGGAAAGCCUGAAAAUGGCUCCAGCUGAAUGUCUGUUAUUAAAAGUUACACAUGUUAUUACUGGACUGCAGGACUGCCUAGACACUAUAAACGGUGCAGCUUCACAUGGCAUUGUGAGUUCCUCACUAACAAGAAUGCGGUUCUACUUCCUAAAUGACAGACUGGCCAAAAAGAUUGAGUCGGACAGCUGUAAAUACUUCCUAGAAUCUCAUGAAUGGCACAAUGUUAUGAGCAGAUUUCUUCAAGUACUUCCGUCAUGCCUGGAAGAUGAAAAACUCCUUAUUGAUAUUCUGCGUUUCCUCAACACCUAUUUUAAACAUGCCAAAAUGGAGACAGACUGUAAAGAUCUCCUGUGGUUUCUUGAAAUGGAGACUAACCCUUUAAUGAGCAUACUAAUUUACAAAGCAUCAAAUAUACAAAGUGGAUCUGAAGACAUUCAAGCAGUUAUCAGUCAAAGAGUUCAGAAAGAGCUGAUAACCUUUUUCAACACGUUGCUUCAUUGCCUCACAUCAGUUACUGACAGAAGAUGCUUGGCUUUGGCUGGUCCAUUCAGAACUCAGCUUGCUGUUAAACUUCUUCAGUGCCUUCGCAUAUCAGAUGCUCCCCAUUUCUAUGGACUUCCUUCUCUUGAAAGAACACUUAAAGGAAUGAUUCAUGUCACAGCCCUUUCUGGAUGGAGUUUAUAUUCUCCAGCUGAAGAGCCUGAUUCAUUGUGUAUUAAGUACCUAAAUGGACUUCUUGAGGUAAUUUCUUCUUUUUAUGUUGAGUGGGGAGGAAAUUCUUUAUCUUUUAUGGGAAAAGGAGUCACAAAGAGUGCAGUUCUCUGUUUGCUUCAGCUCAGCCAUGAAAUGAUGGCACAGACAAAAAGCAAGGAUUGGGUGUCUCUGUGGUCACUAGCUUAUGAUCAAAAUCAUGACGAGCAACCAGCUUCCCAUUUAGGAUUGGCCUGGCUCAUUCCACUUUGGGUUGACAGAGAUCCUGAGGUGAGGUUUGCAAGUCUUGCAAUUGGUUCAGCUCUCACUUCUGUGGAAAACGGAUGUGUGGCUCUUGGUGACAGUUGUCAGAACAUUUCCGGAGGAUUAUGGGGAACAGUACUUAGCAUUCUCCUAGACCAGUCUGAAAGCAGUGCUGUCCGCAGAGAGGCUGCGUUUAUUUUACAAAACCUUUUUACAAUGCCUAUGUCUUCCAACAAUGAGGAAAGCAAAGAUUUUGUUUGGCAGAGUCCUUGUGUUCAUGAUGAAGAAUCUGGAUUGUCACUUGUGGGACUGCCUGCUCUCCAAGCUCUGCUUUGUCAUUGCCAGUUUUUUGAACAUGCAAGCCAAGCAAUAAAAAAUUGUUACAUAGGCAGACACUCAUUUGAUCUAACUUUUUUUCAAGUCACCAGUAAUGUACUUAAUAAAACUGAGGAUCUAGAUUCUUUGAAAAGCUGGGGAGCUGUACCCAGUCCAUUAAAUCAAAGUGAAAUGUCAUACUCCCUUUGUACAUCAAGUACACUGAUUCUUCCUGAAGGUAUAGUGGAGAUACAGCCAUCCGUCCCAUUGGUAUCAAGGCCAGAUAAUCCAGAUGCUCCUAGGAACCGAAUGAUAACCCAGGGUCAAAGUGACACAGAAACUUCAUCUGUACAUACAAUAGACUCCCAAAUUUCAGGACUGCCUUUAGACCACUGCGUGAUUGUUACACCAACACUAGUUUCAGCCCUCUGUGGAAUGUUAUCUAACCUUUUAGCAAUUUUACCUGAAUUUACAUUCACUGCCCUCAAAGAUAACAACAUUUUAGCGUCUCUUACAAGUUUGGUGGAUGCCAGCUUCUUAGGAAAAUGUCUGCAGGAACUCAGGUCUCCAAUUUUUCCAGAUGAUAAACAAGAUAUUAAAGCUCAGGUUACAAGCCUUCUUCAGUACAUAUCAGCUUUUGCCUCACUUCUGCAGUCAUCAGUGACCGUAAAUGCUAAGAUUAUGUUUCUGGAAGAUAUACUUAAACCAUUGGUAGAGAACAUGUUUGCAUUGUUUUCACCGCAUCAUAUUAACAACACUGAUGAAGAGCUGACAUCAGCUUUGUAUGAUACAUGGAUUUCCUUGUUUAUGCUUUUGACUACAGUUCUGAGAAAGUCUUGUCAGGCAGCCUUCCCCUCUGUUAUGAUUGCUGUUGAGAAGUACUGGACAUCUUAUACUGGUGCAAUUUCUACAUGUGUGGAACUUUCAAACGAAAAUGCCUUGCUUUGUACUUCAGCACUUCAGUUUUUUUCUGUACUUUUAUCUGAAGAAGCAAGACAGCAGCUUCAAGAUUUGACAGAGAUGAGAACUGUACAAGACAGAACUUUGACUAAACUACUGAAUUCGACAUCAGGGAGCAAGCUUUGUGAACUAUUACUAAAGAUCUUUGACGGGAGAUCAUCAAAUGAUGUUCUAAAGAAGGUAAUAGCAAAUGCUGUUAUGUCAUUGUUGGCAGUUAGUCCAGCAGCACAGAAGCAUGCAUUGCAAGCUGGCCUUAUUGACAGCUGUGUUGAGCAGAUUAAGCAAUGUCAUGCGCAUCUUACUCUGGAUUUGCUGACACUUGAAAGAACAACACAAAAGAAAAAGUUUAAGCAGGAGGAUAAUCUUAUACGAGAAUUAAAGCUAUGUAUUCACAUCCUGAGGAACUGUCUCUAUCAAAAUGAUGAAUGUAAAAUAGCAGCGACAGAUGCACAUCUGGUCAGUACCCUGCAUUCAUUGUGGCCUUGGUUUAUUUUGGAUGAUUCUCUGAUGCAAGCUGCUUUGCAAUUGCUAUGUGUUUAUACAGCUAACUCACCACAAGCUUGUGCCACUUUUAGCUGGAGCAGUGGAGGGCCAAGUUCUGCACAGAGAGGAGGCCCAUCAAGCAACUCUCUAAUGCAUAAUAUAAUGAAAUUGGCUUCUAAGAAGUGUCCUGAGAAUUCCAGUAUCCAACAACUGGCCUUUGCUCUCCUUUCAAACCUUGUAAUAUCUCAUGAGUGCAAAGGUUUAUUGCAGAAGAGCAAUUUCCUACAGAGCUUUGUAUCCUUGUCGUUGCCAAAACCUGGGUCUAAGAACCUUAGUCCAAUUGUAAACUUGUGGUUGAAGCUGUUACUGAACAUGUCCUUUUCUGAAGAUGGACAGCAGAUGAUACAGAAAACAAAUGGUGCUUUGGAGUUUCUGACCGAGAUAUCCCAAUGUAACCCUCGUAACAAUAAAUCUGCUUCUCUUCUCAUUCUUCACAACAUUUGCUUCAGUAGCUCCAAUAAACCAAAAGUUCUCAUCAAUGAUAAAACUGUGGAGGUGCUGUCUUCUUGUCUAGAAAGCAGCUUUUUAGAUACACAAACAAUCGGUGCCUCGGCAUUAUGGGCUUUGCUUUAUAACAAUCAAAAGGCUAAAGUAACACUGAAGAAUCCUGUCAUUAAAAGGAGAGUUGAUGAAGCUUUAACUUUGUGUAGAAAAGAUGCCGAUAAACUGAACACUGAUGUGUUAAACUCCUACAAAAUGAAGUGCCUUGAAAACAUAUCCCAACUUUUGAACAGUUGAAUCAGUAAUUUAACAAAAUAUUUUUGUACUGUUUUUUGCUAAAUUAAAAUAUAAAAAUAAAAGUCUAUUUAAUUUGUAGUUAUAAUGUUUGUUUUCAGCCUGUUUUUUUAUACUAAACCUUUAUGUUGCACAUUCCUAUUGAGAGCACUUUGCAGCUGUUUUACUUGUGAAGAUUCUGCAGAUUCACUGUCAUAAAACAUCUACCACUAGGUGGAGUAAACCUCCAUUCACCCAACUCUUCAUGCUUACUCUCAGGUUUGUGCAAUCAAGUAAUGCUUCAUUAUUGUGUAUAUAAUAACACUUGUAAAAAUAUUGAUUUCUGUGUUUAAAAAUUACUUUCAAAAUUGGCUGUAUUGUGUUUGCUUGUACUGCUGAUGUUAUAUCUAUUGGCUUUAUUUUGACAUUAGAUAUUUUUUGUCAUUACAUAUUUCACAAGUCCUGUUAUUCCAGAUAAUUACAGAAAAAUCAUCUUCAUUUUUUUUUAAAGAAUAUAAUGUUUUCACACAUUCAGCACUUUUAGGGUUAAACAUGUAUUUUUAUAUUUUAGUCCAAUGCAUUAUUUUUCUUUUUUUUAUUAUUCAAUGUAUGGUAGUCUUGCAACUAACAAUCACAUUAAGUGUGCAGGGAAAAUUACAGUGUUACAGGCUUUUGUGUGCAAUUUUCUGGACCAACAUUGAACAGGGCACCAGUCAGUUUCAGGAGAUAAUUUAUAAAGAGAGUCACAUUAAUACCUGACCACAUGUAUGUAGUUCAAUAGCUUCUUGCGAUACCCCUUGCUAGUGAUCCAUGGCACUGUCACAAGAUGAACCAAGUUAAAAGACACAGACCAUUCCUUGGUGCUUGAAAAAUAUUUAUUGAAUUAGUUUUAGAUAAAGUCCUCAAUAUAGAACAAUUUUUUUUUAAAAAUGCACAAGCUGUACUCCAGGUAGACACAACCAAACAGGUACGCACCCCAGCAGUCACCAAUUCUCGCCCACAACCAACACACAUUUCACCAUCUCUGCUACAUUAAAAUAGAUCAAAAGAUCCGGACAUUGACUAUUCCCCAGCAUCUGGACAGUCGUGCUGUACUGCCACUCACUGUCUUCUUCCUGUCCAAAGCUUUGACAGCUUUAAAACCCCAUGAGCUGAUUAGCACUUGCUCCACUGUCAGUGCCGACAUCGCACAGAGUUGAGUGUUAAUCAGCUCCUUCAAUUAACUUCAGUAGCCCCCAUUAUUAGAAAGCCCAUGACACAAAGUGGUUCACACCCUCCACCUCCAAGUUCUUACUGUUCAGUUUCAGCCUGACAAGUAACAAAACUGAAAGAAUGGGCAAACCAAGACAAAGCAUAACUAUUUACAGUAAAACACAUGCACACCUCGACUCCAUGAACCCUUACUUGAUGCAAACAUUAUGCCCAGACAAAAACUGGCCAAUAAACAAAAUCUCAAUGAAUAAAGCAAUAACACAAAAGAAGCAGUUCAUUGUCGCCUUUCCAUCUUUGUCUCUUGAAGCAUGUGCCGGAAUGCUUUAGGGAUCAGGAAUUCCUCAAAAACACCAAGUGUCUCUAGAGUACACUGCUUAAUCCCACCACUGCCACUAUAAUGUGAUGCCCCAUGACAGCAGUCCUUAGCAUUGUCCCAUGAAGGAGCAUCUGUUAGUUCACCAAGGAUAAAAAAAAAAAAAUGGGCAUAAUUAUUAAGUGCAAAUAGUAAAUACAUAUUUUUAGAUAUAGUUGUAAAUAUUGUUAAAAAAAAAAACUCUUGAGAUGUCCUCCAGGCCAAGGGAAGAACCCAAUUCAAGUUAAUGCUAAUUCUGGGUCUGACUAGGCACACACAGCGACUUGUCACCAUGCUUCUGGCUUUCUUGUCCUCUUGUCAGGAAAAAUUCCAGCAACUACUUCCACAGCAGUUGUUGCUCUGAGUCCACACACAGCUCUGUUCCUUCCAUCUUUCCUCCAGGAUCAACCCAUGAGGAAAAUCACCUUCUCUGUGACAUUAAAACAGAUCCAGACUUUGUCCAUCAGUAGUCCACCAACGCUUCCCUCAUAUUCUAACUUCCAUCGUCAUUGUUCUCUCCUGCCUCUCACUUGCCUUCCCCAUUUUUAAGGCUCUGACUGCUUGAACAGCCCAUGAGCCGAUUAGUGCUUGCUCCGCCAUCAAUCUAGUUGCCGCACUGAGUUGCGUGUUAAUCAGCUCCCUCAGUCAACUUCAGCUGCCUUUUUUAUUAAACCACCUGUGACACAGUGUGUCACAUUCCUGUGAAGAAAUAAUGCGUCAUCACGAAGCCUCCUUCACUUGCAAGUGAUGACAUAGCAGUCACACCCUGCUUCGGUUGUAAAUUCCCCUUUAAAAAUUGGCCAAAAGACCUUGAAAAAGAAGUGGUUUGUAAGUGGGAAUACCGGACAUCAGCUUUAUUUAAAAAGUCCACCUCUAAUAUUUACCGUUUUAACUCCUGCUAUGUUUCAGCAAGGGUCUCAGUCUUUACUCAAAAGUGUUUUCUUUUUGUAUUGCUUGUUAACAAUUAUUUAGUGAAUACCUUGGACUUUUGUUUCUGUUUAUCUUUUUGUCCUAUAUGUAUUUUUCAAUAUUGUUUUGCUUAAGAAUGUAAUAUUUCGCAGUUAUUGUAUUUUUAACAAUUGU